AUGGGCCACUUUUCAAAGCAGCUGGUCGAAGUACCGAGGAACUUACUACGACGGACAGCCCCAGAACAGGCAGGUCUCUUCGCUGGACUCAAUCCUGUGGACUACAAUCUCAAGGAUCCUCUACCCCUAUGGGUCAUUCAAGUCGUCAUCAUCAUUGCAAUGACCCAGCUUCUUCAUAUGAUUUUGGGCCGUAUUCACCAGCCUCGAGUGAUUGCAGAAAUUAUUGGGGGUAUUCUUCUAGGCCCCUCAGUCAUGGGUCGUAUACCUGGGUUUCAGAAUGCGAUAUUCCCAUCCUCAUCCUUUCCCGUGCUCAUCCUCACCAGCACCAUUGGUCUGGUCUUAUUUCUUUUCAUUGUAGGCAUGGAAAUAGACGCUCGUGUUGUCAGACACAACAUGAAAUCGUCCAUGAGCAUAUCUGCUGCCGGCCUUAUCGUUCCCCUAGGCCUGGGCGCAGCGCUGGGCAUACCUCUGUAUCAUCAAUUCGUUGAUGAAUCCGUCAACUUCGGGUAUUUCCUCCUUUUUACCGCCGUUGCUGUCGGGAUUACCGCAUUUCCUGUCCUCUGCCGUAUUCUCACAGAAUGCAAGCUGCUUGAUACUACGGUAGGCGCCGUGGUGCUUUCAGCUGGAGUUGGGAACGACGUGAUUGGCUGGGUUCUGCUUGCUUUGGCCGUGGCCCUCGUCAAUGCCUCCACUGGGCUUGAAGCACUCUACGUCUUGCUCACAGGUAUAGGAUAUACGAUCUUCCUCUUGUACCCUGUGAGAUGGUGCUUCGUAUGGCUUGCAAGGCGCACAGGAAGCUUGGAGACGGGCCAGCCGACCACCUCUAUGAUGACCGUCACCCUGCUUGUCGUAUUUAUUUCUGCUUUUUUCACGGACGUAAUCGGUAUCCAUCCAAUCUUUGGCGGUUUCCUCGCGGGCCUUAUCAUACCCCACGAGAAUGGCUUCUCUAUCGCCGUAGUCGAAAAAUUGGAAGAUCUCGUGUCUGUGUUAUUACUCCCUUUGUAUUUUGCGUUUUCAGGCCUACAAACAAAUCUCGGUCUGCUCAAUGAUGGGAUCACCUGGGGAUAUAUGUUCCUUAUAUGCGUCGUCGCCUUCUUCUCUAAAUUCCUGGCAUGUGGACUUGCUGCCAAACUUACUGGGUUUAACAAUCGCGAAUCGAGCGCAAUAGGUGCUUUGAUGAGUUGCAAAGGACUGGUGGAAUUGAUCGUGUUGAACGUAGGACUUGAGGCUGGGAUCCUUGAUACACGCACUUUCUCCAUGUUUGUUCUGCAAGCAGUAAUUCUCACAUUCAUCACGACUCCUCUUACACUCCUUGCAUAUCCUGAGAGUGUUCGUGUACACACGGGGACUGUGACAGAUAAACCUAAACGGAGCUUACAAGGAGGUGAGGAAAGCAUGGUCGGAAGUGCCGCUCCCACUGGCAAUGACGAGAUCAAGUCGAGGUUUGCAGUCAUUUUGGAUAAAUUCGAGCAACUCCCAGCUGCAAUGACAUUUACUCAGCUCAUACAAUCACCAUCGCAAGCUACACCAACAUCAAGUACUUCAUCCGAAGAACAAAAGGCAGCAAUUCGUCAGAGACCCUCACCAAUCACCGUGGACGCACUUCGACUGAUUGAACUGACGGACAGGACUUCAGCGGUACUCAAGUCACAAGCGGCUGAUUUCCUCAUCCACAAUGAUCCUAUUCUUGGUGUUUUCCGUACCUUUGGACACUUGAGUCGGAUUUCAGUCGCUACAGUUCUUGCUGUUGUCGGAUAUGAUGACUUUUCAUCCAGUAUCUCGAAGCAUGCGCUUGAUUCACAGUCUCAAAUGGUUGUUAUCCCAUGGUCUCGAAUACCUGCCGGCACAACUCCAACAGAGGAAUCAGGACAGUCGAAUACAACCCAUAAUCCUUUCGAUGGCAUCUUCCACAAGUCGGGAAGUGAUGAUCUGACAUCUUCUAUCGUAACCUCUGACUACAUCCGACGAGUGUUCGCGACUUCUCCUGUAGAUGUCGCUUUGUUCGUCGACCGUGGUGUAUCUGCCGCGGCAGCUUUCACACCCUCCGCAAGUCAGCAUCUGUUCGUACCAUUCUUUGGUGGUCCAGACGAUCGAUUAGCCUUGUCUUUCGUGGUGCAAGUCUGUAUGAACCCAAACGUCACUGCAACAGUCAUCAGAACUUUUGUAAUUCCUGACACAAUAUAUGGGGCGAACGAUACACAGACUCGCCUGGCAUCUGCCACUGUAGACAGUCUUGUCUGGGAUCAUUAUACAUCGAAAACCGAUCAUCCUGAGGGCAUCGCAUCCGCACUGAAGCGUAUCUCCUUCCACGAAGAACGGACACCACACCCUCUGCAUACAAUCCUGGAACUCGCUUCCAACGAGACUCGCCGAUGUUCCGUGUCUUCUCGUACGCUUAUUGUAGCACUCGGUCGUUCAAGACGGAUGGCAACGGACUCGCAUCAUGCAGAGCUGAGACAGAUAGCAGCCGAGAAUGGGUCACCGUUAAAUGGAGAAGUUCCGAAGACUUUUGGAGAUGUUGGGGCUGCGAUGGUUACUGUAGGGAUCAAUGCGAGUUUGCUGGUCCUGCAGGCCAAUAUCCAUUCAUGA